GAUAGACAAACCAACUAAAUGCUAAAAUUUAGAAUAAUUUGUAAAAUACAUUUGUUUAAACUGAACCAAUCUAAACGCUAUUGAUAUUUUAUUGUAAGGCACAGCAUAAAUCGCAAAUAUAAUUUGACAUAAACGAAUAUUAUUGAGGUUACGCGUAAACUUCAUGUCCCACAAUUCCGCGUCGCAUCCCUUUUGCUACUACUUCCUCUUGCCUUGCGCAAGCUCACAUCGCAGGAGAAUGCGGAUUUCGAAGCUAAGAAGAAUAGCUAGCCCGUAAGCUAAAAACAAGCUUGUUGUUGUUGGGCUUCAGACUGGUUAAAUGUCUAAAACAAAUCCACAGCCCCCGUCGUCUUCGGCAGCGACGACCGCAACAGGGGGGCCAUCUUCGUCCUCGUCGUCUUCACCCGCGGGGGGCUCGACGUCGCCCGCAACCGUGUUGAACGUACAGCCCGAGAAACCUCAACAUUACACAUAUCUGAAAGAGUUCAGGACUGAGCAGUGUCCCCUGUUUGUACAGCAUAAAUGUACACAGCACCGGCCUUUUUCCUGCUUCCACUGGCACUUCUUAAACCAACGGCGCCGCAGGCCCAUCCGCAGACGGGACGGGACGUUCAACUACAGCCCGGAUGUCUACUGUACCAAAUACGAUGAGGGAACAGGCACCUGCUCCGAAGGAGAUGAAUGUCCCUUCCUGCAUCGAACUGCUGGUGAUACAGAGCGGAGAUACCACCUGCGCUAUUAUAAGACCGGCUCAUGUAUCCACGAAACGGAUGCCAAAGGCCACUGCAGUAAGAAUGGCUCCCACUGUGCCUUUGCUCACGGAUCACAUGACCUGCGCAGCCCCGUUUACGACAUCAGGGAAGUGCAGGUGCUGGACUCCCAAGGAGGCUCAGGGUCAGCAGAAGGAGGUGGGGCAGAUGCACAAUCGGGACAAGCAGCGAGCACAGCUCUUAUAGAGAAGAUCUUGAGCGAAGAGCCGCGCUGGCAAGAUAAUAAUUACGUGCUGUCCCACUACAAGACAGAGCUCUGUAAAAAGCCUCCCCGCCUGUGUCGCCAAGGAUACGCCUGUCCGUACUACCACAACAGCAAAGACAGGCGGCGCAGCCCGCACAAGCACAAAUACAGAGCGUUGCCGUGUCCGGCGGUGAAGCAGGGCGAGGAGUGGGGAGAUCCCAGCAAGUGCGAGGGAGCGGAGGGGUGCCAGUACUGCCACACCAGGACGGAGCAGCAGUUCCACCCAGAGAUUUACAAAUCCACCAAGUGUAAUGACAUGCAGCAGUGCGGCAGCUGUCCCAGGGGACCGUUUUGUGCCUUCGCUCAUGUUGAAAAGCCUUUUGCAGCCGAGGAGCCGUUAUUCCCCGGCCCUGGUUCCCCUCCUCCCCCCAGACUCCCAGAAGCUCUUCACGGCCACGACGCUUCUCCAAGUCCUGGGGGUCAUCACAUGGGCCUCGGCUCUGCCUCAGACCACUUCUCCCCCUCUGCAGUGGCCUGUGCCGCAGAGCAAGGGCUGCUGGGUAGCGUUUUGUCACUGUGCGAGGGCGCCAGCGGAGGAGGAGACCCCCUGUCUCCUUGGGCUGGUGAAAGAGGCUACGGCAGGGCGCCCGGAUUCGAACGGGAAGACCAGGCCAAGCACAGAGGGUUUGCUCUUGAGCAGCGCAGCAGAGAAUUUGCUUCGACGCAGAGCAAACAGGACUUGUUAGUGUUCCUGCCCGUCGGCAGCCCACUGAGUCUCUCCUCCAGCAUCCCCUCCAGCCUAGCCGCCACCCCCCCCAGCCCCGCCGCCCUCGGCCCACCGGGCUCCGGCGUCUCCUCGGGCAUGAACGCCAACGCCCUGCCCUUCUACCCCACCAGCGAGACCGUGGAGUCGGUCGUCGAGUCGGCGCUGGACGACCUGGACCUGAAUGAUUUCGGGGUGUCCGCGCUGGAGAGGAGCUUGGAGAGCAGCUCGGGCCUGCCCAGCGUGGGCGUAAUGCUCGGAGGCAGCCAGAUUCAGAGUUCGGCUCCGGUCAACAUUCCAGGAUCGUUCAGCAGCUCUGCUCCUUUCAGCUCGCCGUCUCCGUCUCCUCCUGUCAGGCCACAAGCGUCGCCUUUCUUCUCUUCUCAUGCGUCACAGCCGAGCCUGUCGGAGAGCCCCUUCCGCGGACCGUCUCAUAGCUCCUUAGGUCUAAACGGUAUGAGCACAAAUAUCUGGGAGCACUUCCCGUCGGGUCAGGGUUCUCCGGGCACGCCCCCCGCCCUGCUGCCCUCCGGCCCCUGUGCCGAGACCGGCAGACUCAAGCAGGAGCUGGAGGACGCUCACAGGGUGCUGAAGCAGUGGGGUCACAGCUGGAGACACACAGCUCAGUCGUGGGCCGCGGUCAAAGCAGACGCGGAGGAGUCGCGCGCGAACGCGGCACGGUUCGCCCUGGAAGCGGAGCGCGCCCGGGAGGCUGAAGAGGAGGCGCAGAGGCAGAUCUCCCUCCUGCAGGAGGCGCUGGAGAGCCUGCGGAGCGGAGAGAACCCCCACCUGGCGCUGCAUCAGCUGCAGCUGCUCCACCGGCUGCCGUUGGAGUCGGUUCUAAGCUUACAGGCUCAGCUCUGUAACUGCCUGCAUGCUGUGGAGCAGGUGGUGUACAGGAAACAGAGACAGUGCUGCGUGACGUGCGGGGAGCAGGGCUCGGCGUCGCUGCCCUGCGGCCACGGACUCCAGUGCGACAGCUGCUCCACGUCCACAGAGUGCCCGCUGUGCCCCGAACAGACCGCGGAGCAGCAGCAGCUCUCCUGACCUCACCGUCCUGUGGGACCGCUACAGUUUCCACGCCAGUCAGUCCUGAUUCCCACGCCCACCAGCCUCGCGUUCUGACCACCAUUUCAAAACGAGAAAAAGACCAAAACCGGCUCAUCGGAACGACACAGGCACCGAGUCAGUCGUGAACUUUUAACCUGAGCCUGUCGGUGAGAAUUAGUCACUGAGGAAGCUCUCGCGUGGUUGGGAUUGGCCGUAAUUAUGUUGCCAGUGUUGCCCAAGGAAAACAGUACAUUCUGCUAGCUGAUGCUCUUGACCAGCAACACUGUACUUCCCCCCCUGCGAUUGACUUGUGAAAAUAACUUAAAUACUUACCCGUAUAUUUUACUCUGACCUUAACUAUUAAGCAUUUACAUAGCUAGUUUUAAAUGAUAUAUUUCCUAAAAGUAUAAUCUCACUUUAGUGGCAAUGUGUCCAUAGAGUGUCAUCCAUCCAUCUGGACAGUUUUGUGAUUAUUUUUCUGGGGAACAAAGAAGUCCACUUCUGUAUUUUUAGCACUUAAAAACUCCACAACAUCUCGUCUAGAAGCUGAGAAGCCCCCAAAGGAGCCGAGGGAAGGAAUCUGUGCUCGUUGAGUCUCAGUCACGGUGUUGUGGUUGUGUUGUCAGUCUGAAAACUGCAUCGAUGGGUGGAUGACACCGUAGAUAAUCAGUAAAAAGAGAAAUCAUAUUUCAGGGAGUAGUAACGUCUUGAAAAAAGGUCACUCUGGAAACACUUAAAGGGCAUAUUUAGUCUCGGUAAACGACGAUUCUUCAUUGCUACGGCCAAAAACAGCUCAUCGCAGUACUGUGCUGUAAGCAGCUGAGUUUCUUUUUUUUUCACUUUUCCCCCCCCCCACAUCCCCUUUCCCUCCCUUAGGCUAACUAUUGAAAUUUCAAACGUUCAUGUAUUAAAAACGUUUGUAAAAAUAAUGCAAUUUGUUUAAACGGAUAAUCAACGGCCUUUAGUUGUGUUUUUUUUUUUUCAGACUCAGGUUUUCCUCUAAUAUUCCUCUGCAGAAACUAUAGGAGGAUAUAACAAACGAGGCCGCCAGACUCAGCUUGGACCCUCUUUCUGAUUUUAUUUUAUUUGUACACCCCCCUUUAUAUUAGCAACCAAUCAAGCUCAGAGCACAAAAAAAAAAGGCUUUUAGCUCAUUUUAAAUCAAUACGUGACAGCUUUCUCUGCCAAAUUUCUACAUUUGUAGUAAUCUUUGACAUUUCAGUCUCAAUGGUGUAUAAUAUAUAUUUCACAUAUAUAUAUUAUAUCUAAAUGUAUACACAUAGAAAAGUGAUGUUCUGUCUUUCUCUCGCACUGAUUUGACGAACCACCGGGAAGCAUCGAUGUUUUAAAUGCAGGUGUGAAAGUGUUUUGGAUCACUGUGAUGGUCUUGUUCAGUAUGUUGUCCUCACACACGACUCAUGCAACCCCAGCGUUUCUCUCUGAGUGCAUUCUCUCUCUAUCUCUCUCUCUCUCUUUUUUUGUUUUUUGGUACUGAUCAUUAAAACAAAUUGUAUAUUUUUGGAGGAA